UCGUCCGAGUCUACUGUUCCAAUGAUAAAGAAUGUAGAAGAAAAUAAAUGCGAGCCAAACCCGUGCCAAAAUGGAGGAAUCUGUGUACAAAACUAUAAUCUUAUUGAUGGAUAUCAAUGCCAAUGCGCCGAUGAUUUCGGUGGAAUAACAUGUAAUGAACUUAAGUGUCGGAUAAGCCUUCCUCGCUUCUCGUCUCCUCAGUGUCUUGUGAAACGAGAACUCAGCAGACAGAUAAAGAAAACACUUAUCCGCUUGACUUCUUUUAAAGACAAUCGCUACUCAAAAUCAGAAGACUUGAUGGUACCAACGUUGUCGAAAAAAGGAGCAGCAAGUUUUGUCCAGAGUGCUUCCACAGAUCCUUUCACUAUAGAGUGGUACAUGAAAAUGACAGAUAACGCUGAUGUUAACAAAGAUCUGGAGUCACACUUCACCCUAAAAGAUCCUCGCUUUCAUGAAACGCCAACAUUGAUUGAUUUUGCCGUGGUAUUUGAGACUUUCUACAAAGAACACAGGAAAAGGAGUGCCAUGAGUGCUUUAAGACUUGUGCCAGCCAUCGAAGAGAACUUUUUCAAAGACCGCUGUUUUGCAGAUCAGCGGGUUGCAGGCGUUAAUCCAUAUCAACUGUGGCGUGUAACAAAUAAAGAAGGUAAAUCAACAUGGUGAAAAAAUUUUAAGAGUCCGACAAUGGAAAAAGGACACUGUCAAAACUAGAAUAUAAGUACCUAUUUUAGUAGAAAUGAUGGCGUUUCCAUUUCUAGCCGACUAUACUGAAACCAAAAACCAACAGAGGACACUUUUAGUAACAGCUAUAAACAGGGACAUACGACGGGCAUUUUGACAAAAUUUAUCAGGGGCCAUCAUGGCCACGAAUUAACGGACAAAAAAUACCGUGGAAUACUUCUGAAUAUAUCUGAGCGAAUUCGCAAAAACAUGCCCGCUAGGUUUUCGCCUGG